AUGCUUUAUUCUCAGAUGGACACAUCUGAUGAUGAUCUUCAGUCAGAUGUUUCUGAACUGAAUAGCGCUAAUGAGGCUGAGUGGGUACGCACGAAAGUGGAAAUGGGCCAUUAUAGGAAAAAGCAGUUAAAAUUUGAUAAUCAAGAGGGACUCGGCUACUCAUGCAGUACAUCUUCUUUAUGCAAGACAAACGGAGGUAAAUGUCGAGCUGCAAAGAAUUGUUGUGGAUCAUCUUGUAGCUGUAGACCCAAAAAAUGCAGGAAUAAGGAGGAAGCUUCUGAGAAAAGCCACGUUCUUGCUGCUGAAGGAGCAAAGUUACUUCAUAGUGCUCUGUCUGAGAAUCCUGUCAUCACAAAUGAUGGUGGGGCUGAAAGGAAGGAAUAA